UGGCGCUGUCUGAUGACAGCGCGAGUGUGUUUUUUUUGGGUGAGAAAAUGAAGUGCGUGUGAGGUUUUCAGUGCAUAUUUCUUUCAUUUCUGCAUCAUCACGAGCAUCUUUCAUGCCAAAUGUGUUCAGGAAGACUAGCUGGUGAGGUGUAGUGUUGGAAAAGUCACGAUGACCUCUAAGAUGAGCGGAAAGCCUCCCCUGGCCAUGAAUAGUGUGGGGGAGAAGAACAAGAAGUGGCAGCUGGAGCUGCUGAUGGAGCGUUUGCGGUCGAAGGCGUCCAAUAAGUCAUUUCCAGAACUGGCCAAGUCUGUUCGGAUGGCAUUGUUGGAGAAGCGGUAUGCACUGGAUGCCGUGGAGAAGGCGAAUCUGCAGAAGUGCUUGGACAGUAUGCAGCACUGCAUAAAAGUGACCACGCGUCAGGGCCUUGUGGAGCGUCUGGAGAGUCUCACGCGGCAACUGGGACUGAAAUUCAUGGAGGACUCGUCAGGACUAUUCAUCUCCUCAGACAUGUUCUACUUGGAGAUCGUGCUGGACGCCAAUGGAGCUGUGCAGGACGUGAAGGUGCAUCAUGAGUGCAAGAUUGAGCAGCAAUCCUGCAGUGAAUUGGUGAAUUGUUUGGUGAAUGGAGAUUUCGCGGACUUCACCACUCAACUUGAGGGCUUGGCGUCCAUUUAUCAACUCAACGCUGAGCCCAAGAUCAAGAGCAAAGCCUUCGUGGCGCUGCAAGCACUGGAAACCGAUCUGUAUAAUCUGUACAAGCUGCAGAGUUUCUACAAGGAUCCCACGGCUCUGCUCCUGCAAUCUGCCAUUGGUGUGGUGCAGAAGAGACGCGGCGGUCAUUCAAUGAAGUUGACGUACUUCGUGUCGCCUUAUGAGCUGUUGGAUGCCGAAGCGAAGACUCUGACGCCUCUCACAGUGGAUGGCAUUCACUCGCGAAAGCUGGGAACAAGUGUGACGGUGAAUCUGGAGGCUUCGGCGGCCAAUAAGCUGCAGAUUCAGUCGAUCCUCACAGUGGCACAGGACGGAGGACCUGUUUACGCACCUCUUGGCACACUCAACUCCACCAUGCUGCCCGCCAGCUUCGUGCUGACGCUGAACAAGAAGAUGCCCAUGACGUUGUCGCUGGUGCAACAGCUGACGCAGAUCACCGAGCUGUCUUUUGGUCCUGAUCCCACCGCGGCGGAGCCCCUGCUGGGCCUAAUCGCUGGCGAGGCGAUCGAUGGCGAACCUGUGGGCGGUUCUAAAGGCAUGUUUGUCACAUUGCCGGACCAGAAUCACUGCUAUUUCCUCACUGAGGGUGACUCGCUGAAGGGAAUUGUUGUCGCCAGUGUUCCCUUCACGGAACCCAUGCACGUGCCCAAGAUCAUCAAACUCCUGCGCCAACAAGCGCUAUUCAACACUUUCAUCUCCAGCUGCAUUCGGGCCAACAGUCGUCACGAUCCGGACAGCACCACGGUGUUUGAAGUGAGUGCUCUCUCUUGUCAGCACCUCAUUGUGUCUCUGGAGCAUCCGUAUGACGAGUCAAUGGCCACGGUGGAGUUCAAUCUCACGGACGUGAUGAAUAUUCAGUGUCGCAUCUUUGCUCCUGGCAGGACUUAUGACAGUUUGAGUGGCAAAUUAAGUCGCGUGGCACAGAAGACAUUGUCAAUUCCCGUAACAAUGCGCGCCUUGCUCAAGGCAUGGGAGCAAGAGAGUACUCUUCAGGGCCAGAGGGGCUUCGAUCAGGGGAAUUUUAGUCUUGCGCUCGGCUCCGGUGAUCCGGGCAGUCGAAAUGGGAGUGUUUCGAAUGACUUCAGUAAGUCUUCAGACUCCAAACCAGCGUCCAACGUCAGCAGAUCGCUGUUCUCGGACGAAGGGGCGACUGAAGAGGCGGAAGAUGCUGUGGGCGAUGAGGAUGCCGCUGAGGAUGGCGCGAGUGGAUUUGGCGAGACGGAUUUGGAUGUGUUUGACGCCGAAGUGGCGGCGGAGGCGCUGAGUGAGGCGGGAGCUUUUCAGGUGGUCACGGCGAGUGACGGGAGUGGGAAGAGUACGAAGAAGCGACGCGUGGAGGAGGAUUUUUGGAAGAGCCCAAAGAGUAAUGUGCUGGACGAGAUGAGUGGGAGCGGCAGCAACAGUGACUCCAACUCUUUGGGCGCUGAAUUGGCUGACGGUGGAGUCACGGCGUCCAGCUGGAAGUCCGACGUGGAGGCGACGUCCUUCAACAUCAGUCCGUCGCGCGAGCUCGAUGGCACGUCGGAUGGCGAGGCGGAGACUGAGAGUGGCGAUGGGGGCAAGAAGAAGAAGCGCUCCCGCGAUGAGAGUGGUGAGAAGAGCCUGAUGCCACCAUUUGUGAGUAUCACGCCCAUCUCCACGGCUCCGUCGACGAACUUUAGUUCAGUUCUGGCUGGCAUUGGUCUGGACAGGAGGCCAGGAAUUGAGAUUAUUCCGCUGGGAGCGACGCAGAAUCUCUCGUCUAGCAUCACAAUAACGCCCAUCAAUGCAUCGAGUGCGCCCAAGGAGAAGAAGUCUUCGUCGUCGUCAUCCAAGAGCUCCUCAAAGUCGUCCGACGAGCGGAAACUGGAGAAGAAGAAGAAGAGGAAGAGGGAAGACAGCCCAAUGGGACCACCGGAUGCUCUUAAUAAGCCAGUGAGUGUAAGCAUAAAGGGGUCCGAUGGGGCGCCGCUGUCGCCUUCGGGAUUGCUAAGGAAAUUCUCGUCGUCGUCGCCGAAGCAAUCGAGUCCCAAACAUUCGGGAUUGCAGAGUCCCAAGCAAUAUUCAUCGGCGUCGCCCAAACACAGCAGUGGCACGGGAUCUGGGAAGCCGAGCAUGUCGGCUCUCAAGUCUGCCACGAGCUCGCCGAGUGGCAAGAGUGGUGGUGGUGAGAAGAAGUCUUCCAGCUCUUCGUCUUCUGGCGCAUCGUCGCGGGACAAGGAGAGAAGCGAGAAGAAGUCCAGCCGCAGCGACAGUCCGAAGAUGAAGGCGUCGUCGGUGAAGCUGAAGCAGAUCGAUCUCAGUUCGGCCUUUCAGCUGUCUGGCAUGGACGCGGCGGGUUUGCAGGAUCUCAACAAGUCCUCGCCGCCAAGUCAGACGAAGAACCGCAAAGGUUUGGGCCUCAGUGCGGUGAUUGACAAGCUGAAGCUGGCGCAGAAUCAGACGGACGAGCCGAAGGAGAAAUCACCGCCGAAGGGGGACGGCGUGUCGCCCACAUCGUCAUCGUACAUGGUGAAGCCGAGUCUGGACGGUAUGAAGAUCACCAUCAACAAGACGCGCAACAAGGAGUCCUCGCCAAAGACCAGCGACUCGAAGUUGGGUCUGAGCGCGAGUUCCGGUGGCGGCAGUGGAUCCAAUUCACCCAAAACCCACACAGGUCUGAAACCUGGCGUCAACAGUGGCCCAGCGUCGAAGAAAUCCCAGCAAAACUCCUCCGCCACGUCGAAAUCAUCUGGCGCGUCAGACUCCAGUCGACCGACCUUCCAGAAGUCCAACUCUUCCGGCAGCUUGUCCAGCUCGUCUAAGGGCGGUGGGAAUGGGGGUGGCUUCACCAAGACGAGCUCAGGCAGCGAUCUGUCCAAGGCCAGUUCAGUGAAUCAUGGCUCUGAGGCGGGAAAGCGCGCUGAGAAGUCAAAGGCGCCGUCCAGGAACACUUUCGAGAGUGUCUUCCUGCAGGCCAAUCGAGAGGCGGACGCAGUGAAGAAGCUUGCGUUCGGCGGAACGACAAUUGAGGGUUUCAUGAAGGCGCUGGACAAGAAGUUUCAGAUUCCCAAGCUGUCCGCCAGGUCGGCGUCCACGGAUGAGGUGAAGAAGGAGAUGCGGCCGGCAUCGUCGUCUUCGGCGCCCACGACGCCCAUUCCGCAGAUGAUGGCCUCGCCCACGGGCAGCAACAGUGGCUCUGGCAGCUUCCAAGGCGUCAGUGGGGGUGUAACGAAGAUGCUGGCUGAGUAUCUGACUAAGGACAUGCCCGGCAAGUAUCCCUUCGGCACGAGCGCCUCGGGCGGCGGCAACACGGGCUCGUCGCCGAAGUACGGCGGUGUCUUCAGCUCUGAGAUUUCUCUGGGCAAGAGUCUGAGUCAGGAUUCACUGAAUCGCGACACUGGCGUGCGAUCUAAUCCCUCAACACCCACAUCCCUCGUAGCGUCGCCCUUUCCCUCGCCAGUGGCCAUUUCGCGCUCUUCUGCGGACUCUCCGGCUCAUGAUUCGAGCAAGUCGAGCCUCACGAAGGACUCCACGAACUCACCGCUGGCCACAAUGCGCCCUCCUUCGGCACCGCCGACACCCGUUCAGGCCUCCUCUGGCGACUCCGGAGCACUGGACUUCUCCACACGCGCUCCUCCGCCGCCCACGAAGACUUCCUCCUCCAUUUCCACCUUCCCGCCGUCGCCUAGCGUUUCGCUGCACAUCGUCAAGUCGCCAGUUCCGUCGCCGCUCGUCAUCCCGUCGCCCCACUCGGGCUCGCCGUGCAUCACAGACGACGAGCUGAUGGACGAGGCGCUGGUGGGCAUCAGUGGCAAAUGACACUCCGCCUCCCAGUCCACAUGCCUCGUGCUCGAGAUCAGCCUGAGUUUCGCCGCGGCGCGGCACACAAGCGUUUCACACAUAAGUUAUAAAGUACAAAAUAUGCUAUUUAGGAGUGAGCGUGGCCGAAGAGUGAUGGAAGCGUGACGAGAGGAAGAGAGAGAGAGAGAGAAAUAGAGAUGUCCAUAUUUUUUUGGAGAAUUGAGAGAUGAGGAUAGAAUCUUGAAAAGACUCUCCAGUUGAAGCGAAUCUUGACGUUAUGAAUUGUCUUGUAGAACAAACACACAUUUU